AUGUACCCGAGAGAACAGAAAAUUAUAAUUGUGUUGAAAGGCGAGAAGAUAACCGAAGGAUUCGUCAAAUUAUUGUUCAAACAAUGCAAUGAUUUGAACGCCAAAUGCAAGUGCGAACGGAUGGACAUAUCGGACGCCCGACUGGUCAUAAGCGCCGCUCGCGAACGAGUCAUUAAUCUUGAGAACAAAAACCAACGUUUUAAUCGACUAAUACAGUCCGCAAACGAUACGAGCGUCGAUCGGUCUAAAUCGUUGAACCCGUCGCCGGUGUCCGCCACCGGUCGCUAUAAUUCUCGAUACGCGCCGACGACUAGUUCUGUAGUCACCGGUAGAUCUCCAUUAAGAAACCGGUCGACUCGAGCCUCACUACCGAUUACUCCAAUCGUUCAAACGGUCAUUGAUUUGGACGACGACGAAGACGUGUCCGCCGACCAGACUGUCGACCAUUCGUUAGAAUCUAUUAAAAGUUCUGUGAUCUUCACGUACCCGAAGGACGAGCCGAACGCCAUUCAAAUAGUAGGCAAUGAUAUGUUGUGUCUAAACAAAGGAGAGUUUCUUAACGAUAAUAUCGUCAACUUUUACCUCAGACACUACUAUAAGGAAGUGUUGGACGAAGAGAUGGCUAAACGGUGUCAUAUAUUUGACACAUUAUUUUUUAUGCAAUUAACCGAAAAGCGUGGACCGAAACGAAAGAACCCAUCGCUGCCGCAGUCCGACGACCCCUACACUUUCGAUCAACGAUACGAAAAGAAGCUCAAGAAUUGGACUAAAAAUGUCGAUCUGUUUUCCAAAGACUUUUUGGUGUUUCCCAUUAUCCGUGAGUCCCAUUGGUUUGUAGCCAUUGUCUGCUACCCAUCGCUGGUCUUAGACACGGUCUCCACUCUCAAGACAUGUGAUGAUAAGAAGCCGAUCACCGAAUUUGACGCCGAGGCCAAGGAGUCCAGGAAGGCAUGCAUACUAUUCAUGGAUUCGUUGGGCAACGCGUCUUACAAGAAGCCGCUGUCGGAACCGAUUCGCGAUUUCUUAACGUACGAAUGGAAGGCGAAGAAGGGUUCGGAUGUAAUCGCUUUCAAAAAUAGGAAUAAAUUCCGUGAUUACGCGCCCAAAGUGCCCGUUCAGACCAAUUCCAGUGACUGCGGACUCUUUGUGUUGGAGUACAUCAAAGAGUUCCUCAAAUCGCCCGACGAUUUGGCGCCCAAACUGAUGGACUACCGGAAGGGACUCAAGAAGUGGUUCGCCAGCGAAGGCAUUAAAGCCAAUCGGGCGGCCAUCAGACUUCUCGUACUGCAACGGGUGGCCAAUGAAACCAUUCGCCAGAGUCUGGAAGAUAUGAUUGAUGACAGCAAAGACUCUGAUGACGACGACGACGAAGAGAGGGAUAAGUCAACUAAAGAUGGAGAGACGACGGCCGCCACCGAAGACGAGGAUCAGGUGGAAGGCGUGCCGCCCGACGAACUCGGUAUGGAAGUGGACAAGUGUUGCGGCACUGACUCGAGGCCACCGUCACCGCCGACGCCGUCCCAUAGGCCCGACAGGGCUGAGGCCCGCGACUCGGAAUCAAGAGAGAGAGAGAGAGAGGUCAGCGGCGGUGACGGACACCACAAAAGUGCGACAGCUUUGCCGGUGAGCGACCGCUGGCCGCGCGUUAUCACCCAAUUCAUGGUCAGUGACAGUGAUGUCGAGCCGAAGAAACCCUCAAUUCUCGGCAAUAAAGCGGUCAAACGUUUCUUCGGCUCGACAUCACUGUCACUGACCAUGAAUUGGGUGAUAACGCGCGGCCAGCGGUCGCUCACCGGCAAAGCUGUCGCACUUUUGUGGUGUCCGUCACCGCCGCUGACCUCUCGAUCGGUGACCACAUCAUCGCAAUCACCGCCACCUCCUUGGGAACCGUCUGCCGGUGACACCAGUCAGUCCUCUUCAUCGAUGAGUUGCUGGCAAUUGAACGCUUACGCCAAGAGUUUCUCGACGGACACAACGCUUACGCUGAACGCCGACCGCCAGCGACCGGUCAUUCAUCGGGCGUCCGAAGUGAUGGUACGGGUGUUGGCCUCCAGUGUCAACCCAUUGGACGUAUGGAUGAGCACCGGUUACGGCCGAUCCAUUCUGGACGCCAUCCAAUUGGCCAACGACUUGGGUAUAGCGGCCAUCACUCACGACCGCUUGCCGUUGAUAUUGGGCCGCGAUUUUUGCGGCCAAAUCGUGCGCUGCGGUCACGGCGUCCGCUACCGACCCGGGGAUGUGGUUUGGGGCGCACUUCCGCCCCAUUGGCGAACCGGCGCUCACUCGCAGUACAUCGUCGCCGACGAAAGUCAUUUAUGCCUAAAGCCCGACAAUCUGUCGCCGACAGAAGCGGCGGCCAUACCGUACGUCGGACUGACCGCGUGGUCCGCCAUAAGUACGAUCGGCGGACUCGACCACCGAAAUGCCUUUAAUAAGAGGGCACUGGUGUUGGGCGGCAGCGGAGGCGUCGGCACAUUCGCCAUACAACUGUUGAAGGCUUGGGGCGCACACGUGACCACCACGUGUUCGGCCGACGCCACGGACUUUGUGUACGACCAGACGGGCGCCGAUCUAUGCGUCGACUAUAACGACGCAAACGAGUUGAACGCCAAUUGUGCCGAGAGUUUUGACUUCGUAUUGAACGCGGCGUCUGCGGCGCCCGACUCCGCCACCGCCGACACCGGCACUCAGUAUUUGCGGAAAUGGAAGUGCGGCACAUAUGUAACGCUGACCACACCGUUGUUGGCCAACGCCGACCGGUACGGCCUCGUUCUCGGCACCGGUCUGUCCGCACUGACGGCCGUACGACAGACUGUCAACAACGCGCUCGUCGACGGCCGCAGUGCCCGCUGGGCCUACUAUAUGCCCGAUCGGCGCGCUCUGGAGGCCAUCGCACAGUUGGCGCGACAAAGUCUCGUCAAACCAGUCAUCGAGAAAACGUACGCUUUUAAUGAUUUGCCGCUCGCAUAUCGACGGGUGGCUGACGGCCACUCCCGGGGCAAGACUGCGCUCGAGUUCACAUAAUAACACCGUUUGUUUGUUUGUUUCAAUUUGUCAUUUAGUUGUUAAAACUUUUUUACAAAUGAUUUGUCGC